AUGACGUGGAGCGUCCCAUACUGGACGGUGUCGUCGUCCUCAACUGCCAGACCCAUCCUCACUACCCAGACCAAUUAUCAAAACGCUGCCCAAGCGGAGUACCGCACCGAAUGGGAGGAAGUAUCCCCCGUGUUAGUCGACAGCGACGCAGACGUUGUCAGCCUUGACGGCAGCAGGACGCAUGAGGAAAUGCAAGUACUGCACCUGUCAAAGCUCCUCGACGAAGCGAAGCAAGAGAACCGCCGUUUUGAGGAGCAGGUGCAAUCCCUGCUCAACCAGUCCAUGACUGAGACAAGCAGCCUUCAGUCCAAAAUCGCGGAGCUGCGGCAGCGAAAUAAGGAGGCUCUCGCUGAGUGCGAACGGAUGAAAAAGGAGAAAGAAGAUGUUGUUGCUGCGCUCACGAAGAAGAACGAUGUCAUCAAGGCAACGCUGCAGCAGCAAAACCAGGAAAUGCGGCAAGCGCUCGAGGACCUGAAUCGCUCCAGUGUUCGUGCUCAAGCUGAGCUACUGGAUGCAAGGAACAGCAUGCUAGUGUGCCGUGAGCAGCUCACGCAAAGCUCCGCCGAACUCGAGUCCUUGCAGAAAGAGAAAACCGCAAGGAUGAGUCUGACAGACCGAGUUGCUGUGCUGGAGGCCGAGCUGAAGGCCAAAGAUACAGAGCUCGCCCAGAUGAAGAAGCUCAGCUCGCAGGCAAAGAGCGCAAACGUCUCCAUUGCCCGCGAUGACUCGACAACCCUUGUGCAGGAAUUCAACAACGUUCGGGCGCUGCUGGCAAACUGUAUCCCAGAGCGCCCUGCGAGUACGUUUAGCGCUAUGAUGUCCUCGAGCAACGAGGUCGUCAGCGCUCUCCGGAAGCUGAACUCCGAUAUCCAUCAAGAUGCCACAAUUAUGGCCGAGUCUAUGGCCGAAUCCUUCGGGUUUGAGAACGGAAGAGUGAAAGGGAAUGAGGAGACAGCGCUAUUCCAGCAAGUAGGCACGACCAUUGGCGCAGGUUUCGCCCACUUCCUGGGCACCAAGAGUCAUACCGAGGAUCCUAUCCUCAUCCAGAUCGCUUUCCAGACAUAUAUCGCUCGGUACCUCUCCCAGACGAUCACCACAGCAUGGAGUGCACUAUCGCAAAUUCUCUCCAAGCAUCUCCAGUUCGAUGAUGUCCAGCUUUGUUCCGCAGCCACAUCCAAAAUCCUUUGUGAUGCCCUGAAGCAAAAGUUCAGCGAGAAGAUUUCGCUGCUUGCGAAGUCUGGCAUUCGCAUCAAUAGGCUUAUCAUCAAUAGCAUCGACCGGGGCCUUGAUGUCGUGGUAAUUAAACCAGCCACAGUGUUCGAUUCCACGUGCAUGGACGAUGGGUACGAUGACGGCGAACAUGACAAGAAUGCUGCGAACAACCGUGUCCUGUGCCCUACUGAUAUCGGGUUGUGGCAGCGUUCCAAGGGACCCAUCACCGGAGUGAGGAUUCUGUUAAAGCCGAAGAUCGCUCUGGAAUCUGUGGUGGAUAACUUGGACGACUGA